AUGCCGCCGCAUUCUACCCCUCCGUCGAGUGGAUUUCAAGCCCUCAUCCUUUGCGGUCCGGGCGUCUCACUGAACUCUUUUACAGCGAAUCCCGAAGAGCUUCCAAAAUGUUUGAUUCCGGUAGCCAAUCGAGCAAUGCUCUUCUACCCUAUGACCUACGCACUGCGAGCGGGAAUUACUGAUAUCACAUUGAUUACUCCUCCCACUUCCCUCGCUCCUAUCCAAGCCGCUCUGAAACAAAACCCGCACCUUACGGCCCUCCCAUCCCCGCGCGUGAUCGCUCCGAAGGGCCUUGAUACGACAAUGGGAACAGCUGAGCUUCUACGUCUACCCGAAGUGCAGGCCUGUAUCAAAACCGAUUUCGUCCUUUUGCCCUGUGAUCUGCUUUGCGACAUUCCCGGUGAAUCACUGAUCGAGGCGUGGAUGGUGUCCCAGGGUGCCCUAGGGGGCAGCACAUUGACAGAGGGUAAAAACGCCCAUGGACCAGUGUCGUCGGGUCCAGGUGGAGAGCAGGGUGGCCGAAGAGGUGGACUUAGUGUUUUCUAUCAGACACAGGGCCGGGAGGAGAGUGUCAAGGGCGAAUCUACAGAUUUCGUGGCAGUUGCACCUUUGGAUCAAGAUAAAAAUGAACGACCAGCUGUAUCGCAUUUGGUCGACGGGCCGGAAGCUGUGCGAUCCAAUCUGUCGAAAUUGGUCCUCGCAAUGCCAAUGGAUACACUGAAGGAGAAGAUGGAGCAGGACAAGGGCUUCCUCAUUCGGCAUUCCCUUGUCGAGCAGCACCCGCAGGUUAAGAUGCUGACCACCUACCGCGAUGCCCACCUCUAUAUUUUCCCUUACUGGGUCAAGGAUUUCGCUCGCCAGGAAAAGCUGCAAUCUAUCAGCGAGGAUCUCGUAGGUUACUGGGCUAAAGCUGGGUGGCAGAAGGGACUCGCGGACAAGCUUGGAAUGAAGGAGAUUUUCCAGAAAGAAAGCCAUAGUGAGGAUGAAAAUGGAAGCCAAGAUGGUGAGUCAUUGGAGGACGAAAUCGACCUUCACAGCAUGAGCACCACCAAGAUUGGGUCAAACUUCGAUGACUCCCAAUCCCCCAUUUUCGCAUCCCGUGUCAAGGCUUCCCCGGAGACCUCAAAGCCAACUGAAGUGCCUUCCAUUCUUGCUUACGUGCAGCGAGGCUCCGCGCCAUUUGUUCGUCGGGUUGACAGCACCUCCAUUCUAUUGUCUACCUCACUGCGUCUAGCUAAGCUGGAAUCCAUCGAGGAGGCCGGUCGCCAGGCGUCGCCUUUCGCCCACAACCAGAAGAUCGCUCAUCCCGAGGGUGUGGCGCAGCGAUCUACUGUGACCAAGAGUGACUGCCUUCUGGGAGAGAACGUCACAGUAGAAGAGAAGUGUGUCAUCAAAGAAUCCGUGAUCGGAGCCAACUGUCACAUUUCGACAGGCGCACGGUUGACCCGCUGUCUUCUCAUGGAUGGCGCGGUUGUUGGCCCUCGCGCUGUUCUCUCCGGCUGUGUGAUUGGCAAACGAGCGAAGAUUGGUCGCGAGGCCCAGCUGAAGGAUUGUGAAGUCCAGGAUGGAAACGUCGUCGAGGACGAGGCCGAUGCUAAGAAUGAGAAAUUCAUGAUAUUCGAGGGUAUGGAUGAAGAAGGAGACAUGGAGGACUUUGAUGACGAAGACGAAUUGUGA